CUGGUACUGCAAGAAUAUGAAUAGAAGCCAGGCAGAGCAAUUACUGAAGACAGAGAACAAAGAUGGUGGAUUCUUAGUUCGAGACUCAAGCAAAUCUGGGAAGUACACGGUGACUGUGUUCUCAAAAGUUGGAGGGGAGACUGUAGGCAUCUGUAAACACUACAAUAUUUGUACCACUGCCCAAGGCCAAUUCUACUUGGCACAGUUGCACAAUUUCAGCUCAAUCCCAGACCUCAUCAACUACCAUCAGCACAACUCUGCAGGUUUAGUAAGUAGGCUGAAGCAUAUUAUAUCCAACAGAGCAGACAGUGCCCCGUCCCCUUCUGGUCUUGGUUAUGGUGUUUGGGAGAUUGACCCUACUCACCUCACCUUCAUAAAAGAACUUGGCUGUGGGCAGUUUGGCGUGGUCAAGUACGGAAAGUGGCAAGGCCAGCACGAUGUAGCCAUUAAAAUGAUCAAAGAGGGAUCAAUGUCUGAGCUUGACUUCAUUGAUGAGGCCAAAGUCAUGAUGAAGCUCCGUCACCAAAACCUGGUUCAGCUCUACGGGGUUUGUACAAAACAAAGGCCUAUUUACAUCGUCACGGAAUUCCUCUCAAACGGAUGUCUGCUGACUUAUCUUCGGGAUUGCCUGAAAAAUCCAACCUCUAUUCACCUCUUAGAGAUGUGCAAAGACGUGACUGAAGGGAUGGCCUACCUUGAGUCUCAACAGUUCAUCCACAGAGAUCUUGCUGCAAGGAACUGUUUGGUAGCUGCCAAUGGAACCAUCAAAGUGACUGACUUUGGUCUGUCAAGGUACGUGCUAGAUGAUGAGUACACUAGCUCUGCAGGAACAAAGUUCCCUGUCCGUUGGUCUCCUCCUGAAGUUCUGCUGUACUGCAAAUUCAGUAGCAAGUCUGAUAUCUGGGCAUAUGGUGUCCUAAUGUGGGAGAUAUACACUUUGGGAAAAAUGCCAUACGAGCGGUUGAGUAACUCAGAAAUAGUGGACAAGGUGUCGACUGGUCUGCGCCUGUAUCGCCCCCAACUGGCCAACGAGAGAGUCUACUCAAUCAUGGGAAAUUGCUGGAGAGAGAAAGCAGAAGAGCGACCAUCCUUCCUAGAGCUAGUGUCAAAUGUCCAAGACCUGCUGUAUGAGAUGCAGUAGGAGACCGUCCAUGGCAGAGGACUGGAUGACUGGCUGUUCCGGUCUCCAUGCCCUGACUGAAGAAGUGGCACUGAGGGAAUCUCUCAGAUGGACACUAUGAGGAUGAGGCCAGCUUCACAGACUCAGAGAGAGUAGGACUGCUUCUACUGUCUGUGAAGAACUGAGCAAGGCAUACAGUCAAACAUUCACCCUCUGUCCAUCUGGAAACCAAAAAUACUGUGAAUAACUUUAUUAUGCCUCUGGGUUUAUCACCAAUAUAUUUUUGAUUAUAUUGUCAUUAAUUGUGAGACUGUAUCACUGGUGAUAUAAAUGUAUUAUACUAUUAGGCUAUUAUAUCAUUACUGUCACAUGGCAGGGGUUGUGAUUUUAAUUGUACAUGAAUCCUGAGAUUUUAAUAAAAAGUAAUU